GUCCGCCAUCUGAUCGGGUUAAUCCCAUCAUUGGUGCUUUCAUUGAGAGAAACUGUGAGAUAAAGUUGUGAGAUUAUGGCCGGACGAAGGACGAGGCGUAACACCGCUGCUUCCGCCCAGUCGACGGUCAGGAGUGACCAUCCCGAACAAGGUAUGAUCGUUCCUGUCAAUGGGCUUGAAACGGAGUUGAAUAAUGUGGCUAACAUGAUGGCCAACAUUAUGGAACGCUUGGACCAGGCUCUCCCUGGCCCAUCCGGUACCCGGGAUGUCCCUGCCGGGCAACCCCGCUAGGUCAUGCGUACUGCCAGUUCUCCCAUCCUCCAGGAGCUUCAUGAUCCGGAGGAGGUCGAGAGGGAGAGGCAGGCCAUCGCUAGGCGCUAUGCGGAGGAGAUGGCCCGGAAUAAUAGGGCGAAUGGAGAUCGGACUAGGGCUGUGAGCCAAGUCAUUGGUAACGGAAACGACAACCUGCGGGGAACCGUUUUUGAAAGGAUAUCUCACCAGAGGGCUCACGUGAGUGAGAGGCUGGGGAAGAAUCCGGACAAAGCACCCCAGGGUUGGGUACGACCAAAGGCCAGCCAAGUGGCUUCAUCUAACCGCGAACCUCGGCAGCGGGCCGGCCGCGGUGGGAGCCAAACGCCAGUGCGGUCGUUGGUGGUCUUGGACGAGGAGGAAGUUCAGAGCCAAGUCAGGGUCCCAGCACCACAACGUCUGGGGCCACCGCAAGUACCUGAAGCUGGCGAAUUCCAGGAUCUAAGGCAACAGCUCCAGGAGAUGCAGAGGAAGAUGUAUAGGGGACGAGUGAUGAUUGCCGUCGAUGCCAGCGACGCAUUGAUGUGCUGGUGCUUCUUGCAGACAGUUGAUAGUAAGGUUGCGGAUUGGGUGAAUCACAUUCCUGUCGGAUCGAUCCGGAAAUGGGAUGAAUUGAGAUUGCAGUUCUUAGAGCAUUUUGCAGAGAACUGCCGUCCCAAGAAGCAUUUCACUCACCUGGCUUCAGUGCGGCAGAAGCACGGAGAAUCCUUGAAGAAUUUCCUUAUCCGGUGGAGGAAAGAGUCCAGGGAAGUUGAAGGAACCGAUGAUAAAUCCAGGUUAGCCAUGUUCACAGCGGCAUUGCAGGACGGUCUCCUUCAUACUGAUCUUACAACUCAUCCCCCGGAUACCUUCGAAGAAGCAAUGGUCCGGGCCGGGAGGUAUGUGACCCUGGAGGAGAGGAAGGAGGAGAAGAAAGAGAAGACUCCUAAAGAAGAAGAAAAGGUGGGAAAUAAGAAGCCUUUCAAGAACAAGAAGCAAGGUUUCCCGGAUGGCCCAAAAGGAACAAAUCCUGGGACCUCGGAGAAGCACAAAUCUGCCAAUCCAGCCUUUACGUUACCGGUGGCUGAGGUCAUGGCCCAUGCUGCACAGCAGGGACUUAUGACUUAUCCGACCUAUUCCCAGAAGGUCUGCAAUGUGGCGGACACUGGAAAAUGGCAGACCCGGAUUAGAAGAUUUGGAGUGCGUCAUCUCACCUCGUCACCUAUGCAUAAAGUUCCCAACCUCCCCCCCCCCCACGGAGUUGGAAUCGCUAGUGGAUCCCAGAGAGUGUCCCGGGCGUGGUAUUUGAAGGCAACUAAACAGCCUAUCAAGUACGACACCCAAGUGGGGGAGGUGACUGCACAGCUCUUAAGGGCCGAGGAGAGACGUCCCAGAGUAGAAGUUGCAGGCGACAUUGAGGAAGUUGACCUGGAGCCGGGCACGACAUUGAGGAAGGUGAUCUCAGUCCUUAGAAGAUUUAGGAAGGUCUUUGCAUGGAGUCCAGCUGAUAUGCUAGGGCUGGAUCACAAGAUUGCAGUUCAUCGCCUUAAUGUCCUGCCAGAUGCUAAACCGGUGAAGCAGAAGCGAAGGCAUUUGUUGCAGGAAAGGAGAGAUUUCGUGAAGAAGGAGGUAGCAACCUUGCAGAGCAUUGGACAUAUCUGGGAGGUGCACUACCCGGAUUGUACUGUGAUUGUGAGGGAAGAGAAUGGGGCCCAACAUCUGGUCUACUACGUCAGCAAGACCUUGAGAGAUGCGGAGUUAAGGUAUUCCCGUCCAGAAAAGGCCAUGUUAGCAGUCUUCUGGACGGCGAAGAGAUUAACCCCGUACUUUCAGGCUCACCGGAUUGUUGUGCUCACUAAUGAGCCUUUGGCGUCACUUACCUGGAGCCCGGCGGCAUCUGCCCGGAUGACCAAGUGGGUGGUCUUCAUCGAAAAUAUCCGGAUAUAUUACGCCAUCAGAUUUCAGUUCCGCGUGUCAAACAAUGAAGCCAAAUAUGAGGCCCUGAUCAAUGGACUGAGAAUUCUCGGCAAGCUGGGAGUGUCCAGGGUUCAGGUAUACAGCGACUCCCGCUUGGUUGUGGGACAAAUCACUGGGGAGUUCGAAGCAAAGGAAGAAAGGAUGAAAAGGGCAGCAGAGGCAAAGGCGCUUAUGGAAGAGAUACACGAAGGAGUAUGUGCUGCACGUCAGGGCCCAUACUCUAUCUCGAGAAGAGCGAUAAUCCAGGAAUAUUUCUGGCCAACAAUGAGGAAGGAUUGCGAGGAGUACGUGCGCAAGUGCCCAACUUGCCAACAGUUCCAGAAUGUGCCCGGGAGACCAGCCACAAACUACACGCCCAUCAGCUCUGUAAUCCCUUUCUCCAGGUGGGGAAUCGAUAUCGUGGGAGCCCUGCCAAAAGAGGUUGGACAGGCAAGGUGGAUAGUGGUGGCCAUUGACUACUUUACCAAGUGGGUGGAAGCUGAACCACUUGCCGGGAUCACAGGGAGACAAAUGAUCGACUUCGUGGGAACCAACAUACUUUGUAGGUUUGGGGUCCCGAAGCAGAUCAUAUCCGACAACGGAACUCAGUUUGAGGAGGCAGAGUUCCAAGACUUCCUCAAAACUUGGGGAAUUCAGCAUACAAAAGUGUCUGUAGCCUACCCUCAGGCUAAUGGACAGGUGGAGAACGUCAAUAGGACAAUCAUAAGUGGAAUAAAAAAGAAGCUGCUUUCAGAGGGAAGCAAAAAGGUGGAUGAACUACCCAGAAUCUUGUGGACGUACAGAACAACUCCAAGGAGGGCUACGGGUGACACUCCUUUUGGCUUAGCCUAUGGUUUUGAAGCCCGGGCUCCCGCUGAGGCAGUGAUCCCUACCAAGAGAGAGAUAGAAUAUGACCCGGAAGUGAACGAACAAAAUCAGGCCAUAGAGCUGAACUUCGUAGAGGAAUGAAGGGAUGAAGCACGGAUCCGGGCAGAAAAUUAUCGUCGCCAGGUGAAAUCUUACUUUGAAAGUAGGGUGAAACUGAGGGCAUUCCAGGUGGGGGAUUACGUCUUAAGGAAGCGAGAGAAAAGUUAACCAACAAAGGGUGGGAAGCUGGCUAAGAAAUAUGAAGGACCUUAUAUCAUCAAGGCCAUUGUUCGCCCAGGUACCUACAAGUUGGUGACUCCAAAGGGAAAAGAAAUUGAUAGGACAUGG